AUGGAAGCUGAUUCAACUUACGGCGCUCAAAGUAUCGGUAUUCCCAGUAUGGAGGAAAUUGCCCUCAACAUACAAAUUUUGCCCGAAAAGACCUUGCAAGAGAUUGCCAAAGGCCCAUUAGUCAAGUUCACGCUGACAUGCACUGACAAUGAGAAAGUGAGCCGAGUAUGGGAGUCACUCAGUAAGACACUGUCGUCACCAUCUUUCUCUCAUCAGCAUACAUAUGCCGCGUGCAAUGCCGUUUCUGCAUUUAUCGAUGCUGCUGUAAAUUCUAAGAAUGAGCAGACAAGGCAGAUUGUUCUAUCUUCAGAGACGUGGCUGGCAAUCUUCAAUGUGUUUUUGACCCGGUACGAGGAUGUCACGCCGAAACCUUUGAAGCAGCUACUGGCCUCUCUCACCAACAUUAUGCUCAAGCAUUACCGAGGGGAGACAAGAGCUUCUGUCCAAAGAGCUAUUGCUAAUGCCAUACUUCCAAGUUUCAUCCUUGGCGAGCUUCGAUCUCGACUAAAGGGCUCGCUCGUGUGUCUUGAAAUGUUCAUUCGAAAGAAAGCUAUGACAGCUUCCGAAUUGAUAUUGAUUGUUCAGAAAUGGCUACUUGAUCACCAGAACAAAUGGGUACCUGUGUAUGAGAAGGACCGAGAAGCUCUCUACUAUGGACAGCAUAAUCCCGAGUCAGCUAAUAUGACAGGCGAGCCAUCUUAUGAACUUGCAGCAAGGGUCUUGUUCCUAGGCUUGUUGACUCACACAAAUGACCGAGGAAUGGCCGGUACAUCUGGAACUACUCUUGCCUCGAUUUUGCAAAAGAUGAAGCUGGAAACUCCGGACCAGAACGUGUCUCUUAUCUGGGUGUCCCCAGUGAGACAUAUGAUGCUGCAGAACAUGGAUUAUUUGGAAAUUCUUUCAAACCAAAUUCUUCAACCGAUAUUCAUUGCAGACCCGGCAGGAUUUAAUUGUUUUGUGGAACGUCUUCCAUUAAAGAGUCUUCUGGCUGGUGACAUGAUUGAUACUGCACACUCGGAGUAUCUACUUCUUUUCACUUCUCUACAAAUGGGCAAGAACGCCAAUCUGGUUCACGACGACUAUGACUCUUCAAAAUCUGGUUUAGCAAAGGGCAGUGCCUCCUGUCACAUAAUCUUGAAGAGCGAAAUUAUCGGCAAGUUUCUCCUACAUCGAGAAUCAACAAUUCGAGUUGCAGCUCUGGCAUUGUUGAUCACUGCCUUCUCAAGGGCCAAGCCGUUCACCAAAGCUGCAACUAGGGCCAUUCUGAAUGGACUUCCCUCCAUGCAUGCCGACUCUGAUUCAUAUAGUCGAGGGGAGAUUAUGAGCCUUACGCGCAAGUUUAUCAUCCGCCUAAAAGGUGGAAUUCUCGGAGAAGGGCCUGUCUUGGAGUCAGCAGCAGACAAAAAACAGCCCGCCUCGACAAUGAAUGACUCUGAGACCAAAUUCUUUCUCCGAGAAUACCUUGAUUUCCUUGAAAGCGAUUUAUCUAUCACAGCCUCAUAUCCGCGCCAUAUCAGUGCAUUGAAGGCUAUCAAGCUAUUACUAGACUCCGGGCUUGACCCAAGGGCAGGUAUUAUCCCUCCCAAGUCGGAAGUUCAAACUCGAUGGCAGCUACAAAUGGAUGUUUUUGAGCCCCGUCUUCUUCGGCUUUUGGUGGAUUUGCUCCUUGAUCCAUUUGAUGAAGUUCGACAAGCCUCCCUGACAAUCAUCAACCUUUUCCCUCAACAAAUAAUGAUGAGAGGUCUUCGUGAUGGAACUGAUCAGCACCCAACACCUGGACUACGUCUCACAGAUGCUUUAGCUCGAGCUGAGAGCAUCGCGAGUAAAACUAGUCGAGCAGAUCAUGCAGACACGGUUGCUCGAUUAUAUCACGUUUUAUUCACCGCUGCUCUUUCAAGCGAUUCCCCCGAAGCUGGCUCAGGCUGGUGGGAAACGAAGGCGUCGGUAGUCAAUGCCAUUUUGGAGAAGCUAGAGGAAAGACUUUUGAGCCCCAAGGGCUUGUUCAACUCUUCUAUGCAAGAGGCACCCCUGCAUGGACAUAUGUCCGGUCUCAGACAAAUCGUUCUCAUGCCAAGUUUUCAUUCAUACCUUACCCAGGAAGGCUCCAUCGCCUGGCGUUCUGUACAUGACCGGAUAGUUGCCAUAUGCGAUAAGGUCUGGCAACAAGUGAAGCCUUUCCUAUGUGAUGAUUCCCCCGAGGGGAACUCAGAUGACCUGAAUGAGGAGCUUUCAGUUGGACCAAAAGAUAUUCUUUCAUAUUCCUGGAGAUCUUUGCGCGAGUCAAGUUUGCUGCUUCAUGCGACAAUGUUCAAUCAGCAAUACGCCCCAGCUGGAAAGAUCGGGCUUCAGCUUUCAGAUUUUGAACAUGUUGGACGAACAAGCUUCACCCAACUGGCUGAACUGCGCCACCGAGGUGCCUUCUCGACUGUCUCGCAGACAUUCGCUACGUGCUGUACGCGAUGUAGUACAUUUAAUGAUCCUGCUGUUCAAGAACUACCUCGCUUUUGGUAUCAAGAAGCCAAAAAUACCAUCUUUGAAUCCGCCGCCAAACUUACUCGACGAUCUGCUGGAUUGCCCGCUUUAAUGACAGGCAUUCUUUCCUCUAGUCCCGGCUCGCCCUUUUUCAACCAAGCCUUAAACGAGCUUCAUGAUAUUUCACGCUUGCCUGUCGAAUAUGACAAAGACCAACAAUAUUUGGAACUACCGCAAGUUCACGCCAUGAAUUGCUUGAAGGACAUUUUCACAAACACAAAACUGGGUCAAUUCACUGAGUCGUUUAUCAUGCCUGCUCUUAUCCUUUCAGCUGAACGACUCGGAUCGCCAAUCUGGACUCUUCGAAAUUCAGGACUGAUGCUCUUCCGCGCUUUGCUGAUUCGGAUGUGUCGUCUAGUCCCUGGAAAUGGAACAGGUUUUGGUGGCGAAUCUGGGUCAGAACCAGGAUCUAAAAUUUCUUUCCCCAAGUAUACAGGUCUGAUUGAGUUGCUAUCUCAGCUUCUUGCAUCCUCCGAGGGGGCGGCAGCUCAUGAGGGAACUGAGAUUAUGACAGAGCGCAUUUUCCCAGCCCUUGAACUAAUCGGAGAGAAAAUUCCAUCUUUCUCUGACAACUACGAUACCAUACUUUGUGCCCUUGUCUUGGAGCAUUUAAAGAGUCCUGUCUGGGGUAUCAGGGAGCAUGCAGCCCGUGUGUAUGCGUCUUUACUGACCCGCACAAACAUCCUCGGGGAUGUCCGUCAUUUGGUUGAUAAAUUCAAAGUAGAGUGUACCGAAAACUACGCACAUGGAACAGUCUUUUGUGUUCAAUAUUCUCUUCGUCGAUUUGCGGCCACAACGAAUGUCUUCUGGGCUUCUCAUGUCGAUGACCUUAUGGCUACUAUACGUUAUGUCUUGGGAGUGGUCUUCCCUGUCGCUAAGUCUCCCUAUGUUGCAACUGAUCUCGUUGAAAUUUUGAAUGAUAUGUUGGAGCGAAGUAUCAACGCGGGCAUUGAAGACAAGGCUGCCAUAUUUGUUGAGUCUAUGGUCCAGGAAUACGAUCUUAACGGAGUGCUGAAUUAUCUCUUUGACGCCUCCAAAGCAGGCUGGAAUCUUACUAGCACGACGCGUGCUUCUUCUCUCCUACGCAGAGCAGUUGCUUGGUGUACACUACUUAGGAUGCUUUCAUUGUCUCAAUGGAGCGGUAUUCCUGAGUUUUAUCAUGGGGUUGCAUUGUUGGACGUCAAUGUUGCUACUUGGAUCUCCGAACAGGUCCAUGAGAAAUUCGGCACCAAUGAGAAGUACAGAAAACCCUUGGUUGACUUGUACAGUUCUAUUCUAUUGAAUAAGUACCCCGAGGAUGUGAAAACAAUGGCCGCCUCAAAUCUGACCUCCGUCUUGGAAGAUCUUCUUUCUUCUGAAACCAGUGCUGUUUCCCAACUCGCACUCCCAUGGGAACAUCUUGGAAAGAGCUUCCAGCCUGAGCUCCAUUUUGAACAGUGGAACAGACAAGCAACUGACGCAGAGCUUCGUCUUCAGGGAUGUUUGCUUGCUACUCGAGUCUCAUCAAUCGAAGGGCAAUCACUCGAAUCCCUCAAAGUAGACCUUUACAGUUGGGCUAUCAAGCUUCGGUCGGCACUUACCGAGGAAACAGAGUUCACAACUCGCUAUGCUGCGGUGACAUCACUUCACAGCUUCCAGCGAGGCCUUCGUCCCGAAGGUGCUUCUCCUAAGGUCGAUCCCAUUCUUUUGGAUAUCUAUUUGAUCAUGUAUGAUAUGCUCAAUGAUGACGAUGAAGACCUACGCGACAUCGCUGCGGAUACUGCAUCCUGGGUGCUAUCAUAUUCCUCUGUUUCGCCCACCACAGCAAUCGCGCUUGGUCCGCUGAAUGCUAGUCUGCAGCUUUCUCGCUUCAUUAUCGACCACUACUCGGAUUCUCUGCACUUAUCCAGGCGACUGAUCAAGUAUCUCACUGGUCAAGAGCCUCGUAUCAGUGGCUCUGAUAAACAAACUCAUCUCAUCUCGGUAGCAGAUCUUAUUGCCGAGUAUGACCAAGACAGCACAGUUCUCUUUGUCGAAGAGAAACAGAACCUGUUUAUUGAUGAUGUGCGUGAGGUCGAUGUCUGGUAUCAAGCACUCUUACGCAUGAAAAGAAGUGCAUACCCGGAAACUCUUCUUCGUCAGAUUUCGAGCUGGGUUUCCGAGGGCCUAUCCCAUAUCUCGAACUCAGUGGCUCAGCGUGAUGGAGGAGAUGGUCUCAUCGGCUGGACUUCAAAACCUGAAACAUUUAUCCUCGGAAUACGGAUAUUUAGCAUUGCUUCAGCACUAGUGUCUGAAGAUUUCCCUGCCCCCAAUAUCAUGGAUGUCGAGCAGUCAACACUACAAAGCCAACUUCAAUCUUUAUCGCAAGUUGGCAAGUCGGUUUCAUUGCAUGAUGAGUGGCUGAGAAGGAUUGAGUUGGGGUUGAAUUGUGGGGUUCGAAGCUAG